CCCCCAAGCCGAAGAUGGAACCGAACCCCUUCAAACCCAGCAGGAAAAACGAAACCAACGGUCCCUCUGGCCCGGUAAAACCCUAAGCUUCUGGAUCUUCAUGUCCCUCUUCUUCGCCUGCACAACGACCUGGUUAACUACCGAGUUGCACGCCGUAAGGAAACAUGGGAGUUUUGCACAGGGGUUUAGAAGUGAACUUGACGCGGCCAAACACCUGUUAAAAGUCAAAACGGUGGACUUUGGCGGGAGUCCUCGGUUCAGGGAGGAUGGGACCGAGUAUGUACCUGUCCCAGAUAAUGGCGAAGCUCAUAAGGCAUACGUCGGCACGCCGAGGAGGGAGAUUGAUCAUAAUUGGGCUUUGUUGCAUUGGGGCCGGUUCUUUCUCCUGACGGAACGAGAAGCCCAAAGCGCUUGGGGUGAUGAGUACAAGCAGUUUUGGAGCCCUAAGCAUGGGGGAUAUGUGGUUGCCCUAGAAGUAAUGCACACCCUCCACUGUCUAGACCACAUCCGCAAAGCCUUCUACCCCGACCACUACCCCGUUGACAGCGACAUCCACGGCAUCUUACACCGCGACCACUGUCUUGACCACCUCCGACAAACUGUCUUGUGUAAUGCCGACCUGACGCCCAUCCCUUCGCGGUACUACAAGGCGCUGGGACAGAACUAUAUCGACUCUGAUCGCCCGCAUACUUGUCGUGAUUUUGGCAGGAUUCGAGAGUGGGUGAGUGAGAGGUUUAAUGGGAGUCUGAAAGUUGAGCCGGCUCCUGGAACGGUGGUGGAGGAUGAGUGGAGGAAUGGAGGGCCGAGCGGGGGAGGUAUGGGGAUGGGACAUGGGCAUGGACAUGGACAUGGGCAUGUAUAACCUGCCGCCGAUGGGAUGUAAACUAUUGGGAUAGGUGGGUGUGUUGAGGUCUAAUCAAAUGGUUGUAUAGGUAGUUCGUCGUUGAAGUAAUCCACUCAUCGAGGGAUAAUCGUGAUAUCUGUAUCUGAGGAUCAUUGUUACGCUGAUUUGGUGGAAGCGGCGCCAAUCCAGACACCCUAAAUUGA